UUACGUGCAGGUGUUUGCGUGAGUGCAGAGGUGAUGAGGACUGUCCGGCUGGGCACAUGUGCAGCAGCUCCCAGGGAAGGCUCGUCUGCAAACCUGUUGCUGCUGGUGGGAUCCCGGGAACAACUUCUCCUGUCCCUGCUAGUGGUGCAGAGAGACAACCACAGGAAGAGAUGACAGGAAUUGCUUUGCCAGGGAAACCCCCCUUUUUAAGGGAAAAACCCAGCUCUAUUUCAAACCCUGAAUCCAGCAGAGUCACCCCAGCCAAGAACCUGGAGUCAGGUGAACAUCCAGUGUCUGAAGAGAAGCACCCAUCUGGGGAAAAGCCAGUGGCUUCUGUGACACCUGCAACAGGGGAGAACCCAGUGUCCAGGGUGAAGCCCACAUCAGGGAAGAAACCCACAGUAGCUGAGAAGCCAGAGACUGGGAAGAAGCCAGAGACUGGAGGAGAGCCAGCAUCUGAGGGGAAGCCGGAGGCUGAGGGGAAGCCAGAGGCUGAGGAGAAGCCUGUGUCGGGAGAGAAGACAGAGUCUGAGCAGGGUGACAAUGGAGAGGAUGACGAUGAUGAUGAUGAUGACGACGACGGUGGUGAUGGUGAUGAUGAUGAGAAAAAUGAACAUGAAACCUAUGACAACGAUAAUAAUGACAACUACCACUACGAGGAUGAAGAUGAUGGUGAAGAUGAUGAUGGUGAUGACGACGGUGGUGAUGAUGAUGACAGCGAUGGUGGUGAUGACAGUGGCAGUGAUGGUGAGGAUGUCUGGUGACCAAUGGUCAUAGGCUGCGGAAGGAGCAUGUGGGGCAAGGAAAGCCUGCGGUGGCCAUGUGGGGCAGGCUCGUGGUGUGGGACAGCUGCCCUUGGCCUCCCCCCUCUGCCUCUGCCCUGCUCUGCCAGGGCUGGUCCCAGGCACCAGUCAUUUUGGAAAGGACCUUCUCUCUUCUAAUA